CCGGAAUUGAAGGGACAAAAGUGGGGCGGAGUCAAUAAUAUGUCUGAUUGAUAUUACCAAACUCAAAACUUCACUUUCUUCCUCUAAUCACUCUCUCCGCUUUCUCGCUUUCCUCUCCCACCUUUGGUCGUACGUCUAAACAUAAAAACACAAGUCUUUAUCUCGGUGUGGUCUUUAAAUCCCUCAUUUUUCUUGCAAUCAUACAUAUCCUCUUGACCAAACAAAAGCAAGGCUUUGAGUGAGAAACCUCAGAUCAAACUGGUGGGUGGAAGAGAGAACAGGUCUUGAGACUCCCAUUCUUGAUAUUUAUAAAUAAAAAAAAUGAGUGCAGCGGCUACAAUGCACAUGCCCCGAGAAGGCUCAAACUACGAUGAGAUCUCUAUGCAACAGAGUAUGCUCUUCUCUAAUAAUCUUCAGGAUCUUAAGAAUCUGAGGACACAACUGUAUUCAGCAGCUGAGUACUUCGAACUAUCAUACACAAACGAUGGAGACACACAAUCAGUCGUGGAGACACUGAAAGAUUAUGCGAUAAAGGCUCUGGUGAAUACAGUUGACCAUUUGGGAUCUGUUACAUAUAAAGUGAAUGAAUUUGUCGAUGAAAAAGUUGAUCAAGUAACUGAAACCGAGCUGCGAGUAGCUUGCAUCGAACAGAGGCUACGGAUGUGUCAAGAGUAUAUGGAUCAUGAAGGUCGUUCUCAGCAAUCACUUGUCAUCAACACUCCAAAGUUCCACAAGCGUUACAUUUUGCCUUCUGGUGAGAUCAAGAUGGGUGGUAACCUCGGAAAGCUCAAGAGUGUUGAAAGUAGUUUUGGUGAAGAAGCUGAAUGGAACCAGUUCAGAGAUGCUGUUCGUACUACAAUUCGGGAAACGCCUCCACCACUCCUUAGAAAACCGGUACUACCGUCUCCUCCUCAACGCAAAACACAACGUUCAGCAACCUUUUCAUUCUCCUCUAUCUCCAACAUGGCACCAAAGAAAGAACAAGAUAAACGAGCAGUGUCACCUCACCGGUUUCCACUGCUAAGAUCUGGUUCGGUUGCUAUCAGACCGACAUCAGUCAGCAGGCCAACGACUCCUAGCAAGAGUAGAACAAUAACUCCUAAACGGUAUCCGUCAGAGCCGAGAAGAUCAGCUUCGGUUCGGGCUGCGUUUGAGAAAGAAGCUCAGAAAGAACCAGAGCAGCAGCAGCAGCAGCAACAACAACCGAGUAAGAGCAAACGGUUGCUUAAGGCGUUGCUUAGCCGACGCAAAACCAAGAAGGAUGAAACUCUUUACACUUACUUGGAUGAAUAUUGAACAGAAGUUGAUUUUUGUAUUGCUAAACUGGAAAUUUGUUUCCAAUUUUCAUUGCCUUUUCUGUUACAUAAUAAUAUCAAUAUAUAUGCUUUGUGUGAACUUUUUUUUUUGUAUAACGUGCGUCUGUCAAAAUGUGAAUGCAAUAUAUUCUUACAAAGAUAUUGAAAAAGUACAAGAGAUAAUGUUCGAG